AAACAGGACAGCUUGGCCCAUGGCCGCCAUGGCGUCCUGCAGCGUUUGCGGGGGAAAGGCCUCCUUGAGGCUGGCGACGCAUCAGUGCCAACCUGCAGAUGCCGGUCGGGGCAUCUGCAGCGAGUGCCUGCGGGACUGCUACGUUCUGGAUGAAGGGACUGUGUUAGAUGAAGGGCCGGGCGAGUCGAGUCUCCCGGUGAUCUCAUGCCCUCACUGUGGGCAGCGCGUCCAAGUCCUCGAGACGCUGAGUCUGAAGCGCCUCCGCCAGAGCCUGGCGCGGUCGGACUGGGAGAUCCUGGGGCUGCCACCGGAAAGCGGCCGAAAGGAGAUCGCAAGAGCUUACCGGCGCCGGGCAGCGGAGUGUCAUCCCGACAAGGAAGGAGGCUCCCACGAAAGCUUCGUGGCCCUCACCGAUGCUCACGAUCGGCUCAUGACCUUGCUGGAGGAUGACGUCACUGCAGAGCAGGACGAAAGAGCCAAGGCCCUGAAGCGUAUCCUGAGCGACGUCAAAGUGGGCAAGUGGUUGGCACGAUUGCGUGAGGAAUCUUCCAACACCUUGCGCGCCCUGCGUGCCCACCUGGAAGGACGAGACCUUCAGCGUCGGGAGGAUGCACAGCCCAUCUGCGAUGCCGCGGCGGCGGAGAAAUCGAAGAGAGUGAUGAUCCGUGGCAUUGUUACCCAAGUUCGCCGCCGCCGUGUGGUGUAUCACGUGAGGAUGUCCUUCAAGGGCAUGGUAGUGGAGAGUGAGGAGAGCGAGCGCCUGGAUGAGACGCUGCGGCUGCGUUCCGAGAUCGUGCGGAUCAAAGCACAAGGUGAGAAGCUGGAGGGCGUGCAAGAUGCCUUGAAAGGCUUCCAAGCAGCCAAUGGAGUGCUGUGGUUCCAUCAAGAAGCAGGCAGCAAAUACCGAAAUAUCACGCCAAGAACCAUGGACGUCGAGACGGCCAUGCUUUACGGCCAGAGGUUGAAGAGUGCCGCCAAGAAAGGAAAGGAUGACAUGAAGAAAGAACAAGACCGACAGAAGAAGGAAUUGAACGCUGUGCGCCAAGCGACGGCGAAGGCGGCAGGACAGCUGCACGGCAUGGUGCACGAACUACUGCUGCCACAGCCGGCACAGCGGGUGGCUAGGAGGCUGACCGGAAAACAACGCCCACCUCCAGCAUAUUUGGCUCUUGCAGACGGCGUGGCGGCGGCUCGAGAGGUGCCAAGAGAGGAAGUGCCACAGGAAGUGCGUGAGGAAUUGCAUGACGAAGGGCCAAGAGCAAGGAGCCCUGCUGAUCCGCCCCAUGGAUGGCUCCGUCAGAUCAAAGGGGCCCUAUGGCUGUGGCAGAAAUCGUAG